UUGGUACAUGUACUACUUGCUUGGCCGGGGGACUGUGGAAGUUUUUAGAACACUGAUUGCUGAGACUAAGAGUAGAUUUUUACGACUCUAACUCCACGAUAAAGGUUCAUUAAACCUUCAUGAGCUUUAUAAGGCACUCUGCACGACUGAGACACAUCGGAGGACAUUUGAAGGCUUUUAAUUCCCUAUCACAUGUCAACAGGAGCUUAAGCAGCGCUAGUGUCCAAGAUUCAUCUGAAUAUGAUCUCAUUGUAAUUGGCGGUGGGUCUGGUGGACUUGCUUGCUCAAAAGAAGCGGCAAAAUAUGGAAAAAAAGUUGCAGUAUUGGAUUUUGUUUCUCCAUCUCCUCAAGGUUCUGUCUGGGGCUUGGGUGGAACCUGUGUUAAUGUAGGAUGUAUUCCAAAGAAGUUGAUGCAUCAGGCAGCGCUGUUAAGGGAGUCAUUGAAGGAUGCCAAACACUUUGGAUGGAACGUCCCAGAUAACAUAAACUUUUCAUGGGAAACACUUGUGACAGCAGUUCAGAAUCAUGUCAGAUCAUUGAACUGGGGCCACCGAAUUCAGUUACAUGACAAGAAGGUUGAGUAUGUUAAUGCUAAAGGUUCCUUUCUGGACUCUCAUACAAUCAAGGCAGUACUGAAAAAUGGCACUGAGAAAACUAUGAAGGCAGAUAAUUUUGUAAUAGCUGUUGGUGGAAGACCAAAAUUUCCUAAGGAGGUUCCUGGUGCCAUAGAGUAUGCUAUCAGCAGUGAUGAUAUUUUUUCCUUGAAAAAAUCUCCAGGGAAAACGUUGUAUACUUUCGUCGGUUCGUGUGGGCCAUUUGUGAUAUAUUUCUACUGUUUUGUAGCCACCUUUCCUAAUUAUUGCAAUUAUGCUUUUUCCGAAACUCAUGUUGCUUCAUAUGCAGUUUAUUAGAGUUAAAAAGUCCUUUCUUCUCUGCAGCAAAUGGCACAACUUGCUACAGAUUACAUGGAGAGCCAUGGAACAAGAAUCAUCAAGCAGUGUGUUCCAGUGCGGAUAGAUAAAGCUGAUGAUGGACUUCUUCAUGUAACAUGGAAGGAUUCUGUGACGGGAGAAUCACGCAAAGAACCAUUUGAGACUGUUCUAUUUGCAAUUGGUAGAGAUCCUGAGACAUCACAGAUGAAUCUUGAGAAAGCCGGGGUUCAAUUAGACCAACAGACCAAAAAGAUCAUAGCCAAUGACAAGGAGCAAACUUCAGUUCCGCACAUUUUCGCCAUUGGGGACGUCGUCCAGGAUCGUCCAGAGCUGACACCUGUAGCCAUCAGAGCGGGAAAACUGCUCGCUGAUAGGCUGUUCGGGGGGUCUGACGUGACGAUGGAUUACGACAAGGUGGCGACGACAGUGUUUACUCCAUUGGAGUUUGGAACAGUUGGAAUGUCAGAAGAAAAAGCUAUUGAGCGUUACGGGGAAGACAACAUUGAGGUUUAUCAUGCCUUCUACAAACCACUAGAAUUUACAGUACCUGAAAGAAAAGUGGAGCAGUGUUAUAUUAAGGCCGUCUGUUUGCGUGAAGGUGAUCAGCAAGUCUUAGGUCUUCAUUUCCUGGGUCCUUCAGCAGGCGAAGUAAUCCAGGGAUUCUCUGCUGCUAUGAGGUGUGGCCUUAGUUACCACAGCUUGUCAUCCACUGUUGGCAUUCAUCCGACAUGUGCAGAAGAGGUCGUGAAGAUGCAUAUCACUAAGAGAUCUGGGGAUGACCCGACUGUCACGGGUUGCUGAGGUUAGAUCUGCCCUCACUAGCGAGUGCGCCUUAGAAACUAGUCUCAUAUCUCUGAAGCAACUAAUUUUGUUGUUUGUAAAACAUGGAGGAGUUAUUAAUAAUUAAUUCAAGCUUUUCGUGCCUGUUCUCUCAACCCACGAGAGUCACCAGCAUCUUACUUCCCCUUACAAUAUCACCCCUGAAUCAGACAUUAAGGUAAUGAGAAUAAAGGAAAUGAUCACCAACUUAAGAAGCUCCUGAUUGAUAGAAAAAAUCUCCUUGUCAGCAUCUUAGGAGAUGUAUAUAGAGCAGUAUGGAGAAUAUGCAUACUGAUUUUCGGGUGUGAAGGGUUAAAGUAAGAACGUAAUCGAUUUUUGUGGUCAAUCCAAGAAGGUUCUAUCAACAAAUGCUGAAUCCGUCUUGUCUUUUUAAUGUCUUUGUAAGUUAAAUCUGUAUGUGAGACAUGGUUUUUCUUGGCGCAUAGGGAGGGCAGACUAACAAUAUUUACAUCCAGACAGUGGGGAUGCCUGUGUUUAUGGCGAAAGGUUUUUAAAUUGUGUAUUGCAAGUAAACCUUUCUGAGUUAUCGACAGGCAAAAUUAGAUUUCUUUGGAUUAUAAUUUUUACAUUACAGUGUUUAAUCACAUUUAAUCUAAAUUUUUAGGUAGGAAAAAAAUGAUAUGAAAUUGUACCCUUGCUGUUUUGUCUGUAGCGCAUACAGUCGUGUAAUUUGCCUGUUUCUGUUUAUGAAAUUAAAAUCUUGUCCUGUGCAUAUAUUUCUCGAAUUGUAGGUACAAUUCUUUUUUAAGUAAGAAAUGUGAAAAAUCUGUACAACCAGCUAGUUACUAUAGAUGUAUAGUAAGAGACAAUGUUGAGUUAUUUCUUUAUGUGACCCUACUAGGGCUUAGCAUGGGUGAUUUGCAACUACUAAUAAAGCAUUUUUUUAUUAUU